AUGGUGUCGCUUAAUGGUAGUAAUACUGAUAAAGGUGUUUACCGGUCACACAACUUAACCAAAGCCAGACGCAUGUACCAAAGCUUGUUUGGUGUGGUAUAACGGAUGACAGUUGUGCUUCACGUCUUCCAUGCCAUUUCGUAGGUUCUGCUUUAGUCAUCAGUGUCAACCACAAAGCCGCAAUCUCACUCAACAGAUCCUAUCGUCUUCAACAACUUUACACCUUCAUCGGCGACAAUGAAAUCAAUGCACGUCUCUGCAAGAUCUCGGUUGACUUAACCUAUUCCAUGGACAUACUGCUUGUUAUACAGCCCUACAACCGUCUCCAUCUUGACACUUGCAAAGACCUCGCAACGAGAAUAUCUGAUCGGAUCAACUUCGAAAGAAAGAAGGAAGAAACAGGAAUUUUUGCGAUGCUAGGAGCAGCAACAUUGAUUAAAGAGAAGGCUACAGAAAGGAUAGAUAAAUCUGGCAUUGAGAACUUGACUUGA